CACACACUGUUAUGCAAUACAUACACAACACGUGACACACAAUUGCCGUAUGAUUUGAAUCACGUGUCAAACGUUAGGGGCUUUUAAAUUGAAGGACAGGUUAUGUAAUCGCGAAUUGAGUGCAGAAUUGAGUGAUAGGUUGGCAUCGAUUCACACAAUAAGCGGUGUUUUGAGUGAAUGUAUUGUUUGCGCAAAACGUUAGCGAAUCACCCAUUGAUCCCACGUUUAGUCCGUUCUUCGCAUACAAUGCUAUUCACGGGUCAGUCCGACCGCUACAGAGGUCUUCACUGCGAGUUACGCAAUGACUCACAGUUCAAACACGUGUCCACUCAUGAGUUUGAGUCUUCGCUUAAAGACGCCAUCGAGCGCUGGACUCGCGAGGAAUACCGGGUUUCGUGGUUUCAAAUUGGACUCAAUUUAACGCAUUUUAUUCCCGCUUUAGUCAAAUUUGGUUACGUUUUCCAUCACUCGAAGACUGAUUACGUGGUUAUGAAUAAGUGGUUGUCGACAACAGAGCCCAAGAAUAUUCCCGGCUAUGCCUUCACUAACGUCGGCGUCGGCGGUCUUGUGAUCGACGAUAACGAUAGGGUUUUGGUGGUGAAGGAGAAGCACUUCUUCGGCAAUCAGCAAAUGUGGAAAUUUCCCGGCGGUUACGCCAUUCAGGGCGAGGACUUCGGACAGACAGCCGUACGGGAAGUGCUCGAAGAGACG